CGCCGGAAAGGACAAUGUGGACGUUCAUUUCCUGGUUUGUGUCUGAGACAAAGCAUCAGCUUUAAUAACCCUCGUUAUUUUACCUGAAUUACCUGAAUCACGGCUAAUGAUCAGUUAUUGAGGUCGUAAUUGCUCUGACAGCACCGUCUAAAGAUGUCCGAUAUGUCUUCUUUGUUUCCCUCUGGAAAAUAACAUCAUUGACAGCUUUGCCAUGGAUCCUGCGGGUCUGGAGGACGACAUCUGCAUCCUGCGGCACGAGACGGCGUACUCCAUCGCCGAGAGCCCGGUGUCGGUGUGCUCCGGCGACGAGUCCGUGGCCUCGCACUUCGCCCUGGUCACCGCCUACGAGGACAUCAAGAAACGGCUGCGGGACACAGAGAAGGAGAACGCGGGGCUCCGGAAGAGGGUCAGACAGCUGGAGGACAAGCUGUAUAAGCCUGAGGGCCCCACCGCUGAGGGACCUCAGUAUGUGAACAAGGCCUUCAGUGCUUACCGGGGCAUCUACAUGGAGAAGAAGGACCUGCAGAUGGAGCUCAACAAAGUGAGAAGAGAGAAGACUGAGUCUGAGAAGAUGCUGACAGAGCAGCUGCAGGCCCGAGAGUUGGAACUCCUGCAGCUGAGGACGGAGGUGGAGACUAACCAAGUGAUGAAGAGUUUGAGCAGUCCGCAAGAGCACUGGCAGGUAGACCAGGUUAACAACGAGCUGAAAAUCUGCGACCUUCAGGAGGAGCUGGACAGAAUGAAGAAGCUCUGCAGCCAGCUGCAGGAGCGUUGCAAGGAGAAGGAAGAACUUGCCAACAAUGUGGCAGGAAGUGGUGCAAAGAAAGAGGAUGAGUUCAUUGCCCGGGAUGCUUGGUUCCUGCAGUCAUACAGAGAGCUGCAGACAGAAAUGUCCCGUCUGCGUGAGGUGACCACACUGCAGGGCGAGCUGCUGAAGAAGCUCAAAGACCGACCGCCCGGCACACACAGACGAGCUGCCUCCACCAUUCCGAUGCAGUGCCUGGAUGACGUGGAGAGGAACAGCCGGAUGAUCAGAAUCACAGCACCGCGCCCCCCCAGUGCCCCCCCAAUCCCCUCCAGCGAUGGCCGUCCCUGCCCCCCCAAGGGCCCCCCCACGCUGCAAGUGCUACCGGAGGACUGCUGGCGAAGCCCCUGGACCAGCCCCAGACCGGCCCCUGUGGGCAGCGCUGCUGUCCAGGCCCCGCCUUCCCCAAGCAGGCUGUCCCUGGAGGACAGUUCCUGGUCCUUCCCCUCUCCCUCCAAACCCAGUGACGCCCUGUUCUGGGAGAGCCAAUACUCCCCAGACCCCUCUACUAAGGGUGCAAAAAACCCCAGCCAUGAACGCGACUGGCUCAGUCCCUUCUGAGACCCCCACCCACCCACACCCAACACUCCACCUGCCUUAAACCCACCCACCCCUCCCCACCGAACCUUGGUUGGGAAUUGCUGAGGGACAUCUGGAUCCCCCUCAUGCUACCAUCGGGUCUCCUGUGACAAUGAGGACCACCCAAACAGGAGUCCAGUCCACCAUUGCAGUUCAGAUACGGAGGGAGGGUGGUGUGAACAGUCCAAGGUGUAGCAGUCAAAAACCCAAGCCAUGAGAACAGGCUGUAACUGACAGAAAGCGCAUUUCUGAUCUCCUUGAUUACUGAGGGUAGUCGCAUUCUUCUACACAUUUGCUACUUUUCUGUUGUCUUUAGUCUUUCACAUCUGAUCCCCCACCCCUCUUUCAGUUCACUCAUGUAGUUAUCCCACUGAAUCUAAAUCGUUUGGACCUGCAGUUCGUUUGGACUGUACGACUGUGGAAAGAAUCUGUUGCACUCUGCUGUUUGGUCUCGUGGCUGAGGUACAUGUGUCCUGUGAUGGAUGUAUUGAGCAUUACAGGCAAAAAAGGAGAUGGUGAA